UGCGACCACACAUAUUCCAUCCAUCUCGUGCAUCCAGCAAACGCCAGUAACAAUGGGCCUCGCAGAGCGCAAGCAAAAGCAACGCAUCGGGUAUGACCCCCGCAAUCUGUCCUGGUCCGAGGACAAAAACCGGUUCGGCGUGCAGCACAUGUCCAACCUGGGCUGGCAGGAGAACACGGGCCUGGGCAAGGAUGCUUCAGGCAAUGCCAAGCACAUUGCGGUUGUGCGUAAGAUGGACAACGGCGGCAUUGGUAUGAUGCGGUUGCAGAAGGAGGGCAAGGAGUUGGGUGUGGGCGCCGGGCAGGCCGGUGCUGGGCUGGAGGAUGUGCUCAAGCGUCUCGCUGCGCGCUCGAGUGCGAGCGCAACGCCGAGCCUGCAGCCUUCGCCGGCUCUGUCUCCCGCACCGAGCCCUGGCCCGUCGGUCGUGCGAAACAAGAUCUCCUCCCGCCAGCGCCACCUUGCGAGCAAGAAGAUGGCGUCGCAGGACCCCGUCGCCCUUGCCGCCAUUCUCGGCGUCCCCGUCUCUUCCCUUCCUACCCCCGCCACAUCUGCACCCGUUUCCGGCGCCUCGACGCCCGCGAGCGAGUCGACGCCCGAACUUGCGAGCCGCGACGAAAAUGGCGACCCGCAGCGGAAUGCCCUCGAGGUCAUUACCACCUCGACGCUCUCAGUUUCCGACUACUUCCGCCGAAAGCUGCGCGAGAAGAUGCUGCAGCGGCAGGCGAGCGGGUCGGCCACACCGACCCUAGCCGAGGGCAGCUUGGCGGUCAUGAAGGAGGAGGUCAAGGUCGACGUCGGCGGCGUGGCGUGGGAAGGGAGCAAGGUGUCGUUCGCCGAGACGGAGGUGAAGAUCUCACUCGGCGACCUCGGGGCGGACGCGCCUGCCGUGAAUGCCGACAAGGAAGCGGAGAAGGCGGCCAAGAAGGCGCGGAAGGAGGCGAAGCGUGCUGCCAAGGCUGCGGAGAAGGAGGCAACGACUGAGUCCACACCUGCCACAUCAACCUCCGAAUCACCUGUCACUUCCGAAUCAACACCAGCAGUCUCGGACAAGGAGGUACGGAAGGCCGAGAAGGAGGCCAAGAAGCGCGAGAAAGAGGAGAAGCGGAGGAAGAAGGAGGAGAAGGCGGCCAAUAAGGCUGAGAAGGAGCAGCGCAAGGCGGAGAAGGAGGCCAAGAAAGAGGGCAAGGACAAGAAGCGGAAGCGCGGCAACGACGCCGACGAAGACAGCAAAAAGCGCAAGUCGGGGUAGGCGGCGCUCGUGGAGAUCGACAGCGGUCGAGUCCGGGGUCGUCGGCGCACUCAUAGACACUUCUGGGCAUAUUUGGCAUUCCUGCAUGGAUACAGUGAGCAUUGUGUG